AUGGAAUGGGAUUGGCAAAAUAUUGUAAGUUUAGAUGAAUUAUCAAAUAAACCGCUCAGCUGGAGUUCUGAGGAAGAACUUAAUAAAAGAAAAGGAUUAUAUCUCGGUAAAAAGUUUGGGAUAUCAGAGAAGGAAAUGAAAAGAUUAGAAAAUCAUGCAAAUCUGAUAAUGGUUGUUUUAACACCUGGUUAUCCAAAACAAAAUUGUUCUUUUAAUGUUAAUUAUUCAACUAGACAGAUAAUUCAAAAGGAGGUGAAAAUUGGUAAAAUUUCUCGUGAUGAAUAA